AUGGUGCUAAUAAAUGUUGCAUUAGCUUUGCUAAACUGUUUGCUAGCAUUGCCGAGCUGUUUCGACCCGGCUGAGCCUUGCUUAAAUGGUGGAGUGUGUGUGAAACAAGUAACGAAUAAAGCUCAUUCAACUUUAUGUUCAUGCUCAGCAGGUUAUAGUGGUGAAAAAUGCGAAAAAGUUCUUAACGUUUGCGAAGCAUUUCCUCAUUACUGCAAUGCAGGUACCUGUGUAAGUAUAAAUGGAUCUGCUAUAUGUCACUGUCCUAUGGGAUACUUCGGUCAUAAUUGCGAAUAUACUUUCGAUAAGUGUAAGGUUGGGAACAUGUGCAGAAAUGGUGGUACUUGUAUUGAUGGUAUUUGCUUUUGUACAGAUGGGUUUAGCGGCGAAGUUUGUGAGAGACAUGUGCCAGAAAGAGAUGACUAUUUACGAGCUGGAUGUGAAGAACAUCCGGAAUUUUGUGCACUGCGUUUUGCUGAUGGAACAUGUAAUGAGGAAUGUAAUAAUGAGAAGUGUUUUUUUGAUGGUUUCGAUUGUGUUGUGAGUACGCAAGAAUGUAGACUUUCUGAUUACUGCGCUUUGCAUUAUUUGGAUGGAAAAUGUGAUGAAAAAUGUGCAGUGGCGGAAUGCGGAUAUGAUGGUAUGGAUUGUGAUAGAAAUAUGCUUCUUCGUGAUCUAACGGAUAGUAGCACCAUUGGCAUCAAACUACAUAAUCCAGUACGUUUGGCCUUAGAUAGCAACAAUAAAACUCGGAUUUAUGAGUGGUCAUUUGAAAAUGGAGUUGGGAAAGAGAUCAAUUUAAGGGAGUGGGAAAUGUCAAGGAAUGCAACAAGUGUUUUACUUUACGUGGAUAUUGAUUCGACAUUUUGUGAACAACGUCUCCAUUUGAACACGACAAAAGGUUUACCGUGUUUCACUGACAUUUUUGGUGCGGUCGCUUAUCUUCAUACCGCUUUGUAUGAUGAGGCCAAGAAUCGAAUAAGCUUGGGUGACGUCACUGUUGAAGGACUUUUUGUAGAAAGUGAUAGAAGUCGCUCUCUUCCGAUUUUUGCCAUCUUCAUCACGUGUUUUGUCUUCAUUGGAAUGAUAUUAUCAUGUUUUUAUGGAAUUUAUGGAUUUUUCGGUGUGUUGAAGAGACAGAAUAUCGGGAAAAAUCAUGCUCCUGUUUGGAAAGUACCGUCUUCUUUGCAAAGUAAUGCCACGAGUUGGUCAACAGUAUCGUCCGUUGAAGACUACCUUCUCAAUGAGGAUAUUUGUCGAAGGGAUGGAUUACCACCACUGUCUAGGCUUUUCUCAAAUUCAACUUCGUGCAGGCGAGAACAGCCAAAAGAUUUCAAGAAUCAUUAUCGAACAGCAAAAAACAAUGAACAGAAGAUACUUAUUAGUCUAGAUGCUUACUUCAGCGAUAAUGGUAAUGAGAACUGUCAUUUGGGACCAGACUUAUUAAAAGCAGUAAAGUGUAACGAUAUUGAAGCAGUGUCGUUUUUGGUGCUUCAUGGAGCGGAUGUGAAUUGUUUUGAUUCGGAUAAGAAUACAGCUUUGCAUCAUGCUGUGGUUGUUAACAGUGAUCAGAUUAUUCGUCUAUUGUUAAGUACUCACCGAUGCAAUUUGCGGGCUGUAAAUGUCUUGGGGCAAACACCACUUACUUUAACUGUCAAAUUUGCUCACGUCUCUGAUCUGUGUGCACGCUGCAUCCUUGAUUUCAUGUACACCGAGUACUAUCGACAAACAAAAGUACGAAAUGAUACUUUCACCCCACAGUUGAUUCCUUCACAGAAUGGUGUAUCACGAUUAAUGACUUCUAAUAAUUACCGACAAUUCGACUCUUCAUUGAAGCAGACAGAGCGAGAUGGUUGUAUUUUUACUCGAGACAUAUUGUCCGAAAAAGAUGAUCCGACUCUGACUGAUAUUUUUGGACGUACUGCUCUUCAUUAUGCUGCACUUAACAGACGAGUCAAUCUUUUGCCAAUAUUAUACUCAUUUGGUCUUAAACUGGAUACCGAAGAUACUAAGGGAGAAACGCCCUUGUAUUUGGCUGCCCGUGAAGGCUAUUUGGAUAUGGUUAAUUUAUUGUUGUCGUUUGGUGCAAACAGUGAAAUAAGUGACCAACUUGGACGUACGCCGUUGGAUGUGGCGAGAGAAAGAGGACAUUGUUUUAUUGUGGAAUUUUUAGAAAAUGCAGCAGUUAAUAAUAUUGAUAUUAUGAAGACACAAAAAAGAAAACGAAGUCGUAAGCCAUCCAGUGCAGCAAAAUGUAAAUCGAAGCUGGGGUCCUAUAUUCCAGUUGCAUCUUCGCAAGAGAAUAUUUCGUUGACUUCAUCAAGCAUUGCUGUUGGAUUGAAUGAUGAUUAUACAGAAGACGUUGGUGACAUCGAUGAGGAUAUGACGAUUUCAAGCUCAUUCUUGAAUUCUGUCGAAUCAUUUGUACUUACACCAACCGGGCAAAUCAUAGCUGAAGCAGAAAAAGAACUUGAUUUGGAUGUUGUAGAUCCAGCUGUGCCGGACUAUAUCGAUCUUUCGACAAAUUCUUGCUUGCCAACCGAAUUUUUCUCCAAUAAUGCGUUCUCCGUGGAGCCUUUCCAGGUUCGGAGAUCAUCGGAAUAA